CCCAGCUCCUCGUAUACUUCACUUCACUACAAGGUUUUUGUGUCGCCGGUUCCUUUUCUAAGAGGACGACAGAAGUUGGUUCGUCGUGGCCUGCAUCGCCUAUCGUGCCGAACCUUGGCAAAGGGGGUGAGGCGGUCAGCCGGAGAAAUGGGGGCGCGGGUAGCAGACAACACGGGCGCCGCAAGCGGUGCCGCCUCAAGCAGUUCGCGACGAAGGGUCGCGAAGGUCGCCACCAUCAUAUUGUUUCCAAGCAAGACGGAGGCAAGGGCAUCUGCUGUAGCCGUGGGAGGAUUUAGGCAAGGAUGGGCGAGAGUCGGCCGCAUGGUCUUCCAUCCGGCGGACGUCUUCCCGACCGAGGUGGAACUCAGGGAAGACCAGGGGACCCUUGAGGACCCACCACGGAUUUAUGCAUUUGUGACAAUGGUUAUGAAGCUGGUGCUAAGCGUUGACGUCUGCCCCCUUAGGAAGACGCAUUGGUUCGACGUCGGGGUCAUCGACGACGUCAUGAACAAGUCUAUCCACCGCAAGUUCGAGGACGAGAUCAUGUGGAUGGUUGGAGCUCGGCGCGACCUGACGAUCCUCAGGUAUCUCCUGAUUCGAGAUACGAUCGAGGCUGACCGCAUCGCCUGGGCGGAGAGGAUGUCGAUGGUGUUCGAUGGGACUCCGACUCGAUGGCUCGGCUUCGUCGGAAUCGUCAACGACGGACGUGGGUUUCUUCCGGAAGAGCAAUCGGAGAUUCGACCGAACGUGAUUCGGCGUCCGAACGAGUUGCAAGGGAAUACUUUGUAUUUCCAUCGGGUCUCGAACAUGGAGCUUGUCUCUCGAGUCACCGCCGGGGUACUCUUCAGACGAUCCGGAGAGCGAAUGGUGUUCCUUUGGCUUCGAGACACUUCCGCCUGGCGACACCUCAAGCGCCUCGGUGUACCUUUUUGGUCCGUCCUGUUGACAUUGGCACGACGAAUGGUGGAGCUCUACAGCACGAGCGACCUGCGACUACGAUGGCAAGGACGAGUGCGGAGGAUGGUGAUUAACGAGGCGUUCAUCCGACGGCAUACCGGGCUAGAUAGACGCGCUCGGGCGACUCACACGCUUUACGGCUGCUAGGAGUCGUCCACCCUCUAUAGGUCCGUCUAGAAUGGACCGUCCAGCGGAGGGUAGCAAGUUAGACUCCCACAAUCGGAUCAUCAGGCUUCGCCCUCGAGAGGGCUAAAACGUGAUAAAAUUCAGUAGUGCCGACCAAGAAAACAUGGUCAGCCCACCCCUAUGAUUAUCAUUUUUCCGCGAUGAAUUUCGCUGGUGUCAUGAUGAGGGGUGAAGGCGACACAUGAAUUUUGUUCCYUUCCUUUGUAUAUAUUUAARAUUGAUGGUCGUUCGCAGUCAGGCGAUAGCCUYUGUGCUAGGAGGSACGCAAGUGGUUUGGAUAACAGGAAGUCACAGAAAAAAUAAUAGAGAGUGUCUUGGGCAUACCGCUACAACGCGGAGUUGCUUUUGCGAAUUUGAUUCAGUAAGUUC